AUGAACUCCUCCAUGCUGUCCUCGUCAAAGUACCCUAAAACACAAGACACACAUCAGCCCCCAAGACACAGUCAGCCCCCCAAGACACAGUCAGCCCCCAAGACACAGUCAGCCCCCCAAGACACAGUCAGCCCCCAAGACACAGUCAGCCCCCAAGACACAGUCAGCUCCCCAAGACACAGUCAGCCCCCCAAGACACAGUCAGCCCCCCAAGACACAGUCAGCCCCCCAAGACACAGUCAGCCCCCCAAGACACAGUCAGCCCCCCAAGACACAGUCAGCCCCCCAAGACACAGUCAGCCCCCUAAGACACAGUCAGCCCCCCUAAGACACAGUCAGCCCCAGUCCAAGACACAGUCAGCCCCAGUCCAAGACACAGUCAGCCCCAGUCUAAGACACAGUCAGCCCCAGUCUAAGACACAGUCAGCCCCCAAGACACAGUCAGCCCCCCCAAGACACAUCAGCCCCCUAAGACACAGUCAGCCCCAGUCCAAGACACAGUCAGCCCCAGUCCAAGACACAGUCAGCCCCAGUCCAAGACACAGUCAGCCCCAGUCCAAGACACAGUCAGCCCCAGUCCAAGACACAGUCAGCCCCAGUCCAAGACACAGUCAGCCCCAGUCCAAGACACAGUCAGCCCCAGUCCAAGACACAGUCAGCCCCAGUCCAAGACACAGUCAGCCCCAGUCCAAGACACAGUCAGCCCCAGUCCAAGACACAGUCAAGCCCCAGUCCAAGACACAGUCAGCCCCAGUCCAAGACACAGUCAGCCCCCCCAAGACACAGUCAGCCCCCCAAGACACAGUCAGCCCCCCAAGACACAGUCAGCCCCCCAAGACACAGUCAGCCCCCUCCCCCAGACACAGUCAGCCCUCCCAGACACAGUCAGCCCCCUCCCCCGAGACACAGCCGUCCCCCGAGACACAGUCAGCCCCCCCGAGACACCACACACAGACACAGUCAGCCCUGUCCCCCCGAGACACAGUCAGCCUCCCGAGACACAGUCAGCUCCCUCCCCCCGAGACACAGUCCCCUCCCCCGAGACAGUCAGCCCUCCCCCGACACAGUCAGCUCCUCCCCCGAGACAGUCAGCCCUCCCCGAGACACAGUCAGCCCUCCCCCGAGACACAGUCAGUCCGCCGCCCCCGAGACACAGUCCGCCGCCCCCCCAAGACACAGUCCGCCGCCCCCAAGACACAGUCCGCCGCCCCAAGACACAGUCCGCCGCCCAAGACACAGUCCGCCGCCCCCACACAGUCCGCCGCCCCCUAA